AUGAGGAUUAUAAUAACUCUAGCAAGUUUAGUGAUAAGCGCAGUAGUGGCUGAGCAAGAAUUAUACGAUCUGCCAUUAUUAGAUUUUAAAGAAAUAGCCAGAAAUCCUAAUCAGCUAAAAAGCUUUUUGGACUGUUUACUCGAUAGAGCUCCUUGCAUAGAUCUUUACCAGGGGUAUAGAGAUAAGCGUGAUGGUGAGGAAGAACUUUCUCACGAACGUACUUACGAAUACGUAUCAGAUGAAAAUGCUGAAUAA